AGCCAUCUGGCAGCCAUCUGAACCGCUCAGCACUGAAAGACAGAAGCCUUGUGGAUAGCGGGGAACCAGUGUGCAACACUGCCAAAACCAGAUCUGAGCACUAGACCUCUCUGUGCACUAGGGGACUCUUCAUUUCACUUUCGGUCAGGCAUCUGAAAGCAGAACAGCUUCCUUGGACUGAGAAAUUUCCAAGUUACUUGAAGACAAUGGUAAACUAGCAGCUGAGGCCACUAGAAAAAGGCCGUACGUUCUGCUCAUUUGAGGUAAGGAGCUUGAAAUAGUUUUUAAUUUGAAGGAGUGAGAUAGUCCAUCCAUCUUAUUUCACUUCCAGUACUCUGAUUUUAGCAGCUUUGCCAAAGCAGUGGGACCACGUUUAUUUAAAUGAGAUUUAAAGAGGACUCAUCACAUUUCUGCAAAUGCCUGGAAAUUUUUAUUUGGUUAAAACCCAACACUUGUCAUCACAUAGUUGGCAAGAUUGUUAUUUUAAGAUAACUGACAAUGAAGAACCAAAAAUCUAAUUUCUGAAGUUUUUUUCCAUCAAGAAAACAAAAGCAACUUUUAUUAGACAAAUCAAGGUUGUCAAAUCAGAUACAGCAUCAUUCUUUCAAAGGAGACAACGUUCUGGCUCUUUGUGAGAUUUGAGAAUUGGUCCCACGCUUCAUGUCAUUUACCUUUGAGAAUUCUCAUUUGCAAUACAUUGGUGACAAUAUCCCAUCUUCUGCUCAAGCUAAGAGAAGAAAUCACUGCAAAUACAAAAAGCCAAAUAACCUGCUUCCUUGAUCCUGUUGUGACAUCUUAUAUCUGUGCCAUUUGCAUUAUAAUGGUAUAUGAUGCCAGAUGUGUUAUUUCAAGAAGAGGAAACAUUUGAAGGACUGUAGACUAGUCCUUGCACCUCAUGUGAUGCAGCCUCAUCAUGCCAACACUCCAUAUUCCCUGAGUGUGGACUUGGGAGUCAGUGUUUUCUACGCUUUGCUCUUGCUGUGCGACUUGAGGAUAAAUAAACUCCCUGAGCCUCAGUUUCCUCAUCCAUAUGAUGCAGCUGAUUAUAUCUUCUCAUGGAACUGUUGCAACAUUCAAGUAAAAUAAUGCAUGUGAAAAAACAAGUGCCUGAAGCAUGAUGGCUGAUCCUUGGCAGGAAUGCAUGGAUUAUGCAGUAACCCUGGCAGGACAAGCUGGAGAGGUGGUUCGUGAAGCGCUCAAGAAUGAAAUGAAUAUUAUGGUUAAAAGUUCUCCGGCUGAUUUGGUAACUGCUACUGACCAAAAAGUUGAAAAAAUGCUUAUCACAUCCAUAAAGGAAAAGUAUCCAUCUCACAGUUUCAUUGGUGAGGAAUCUGUGGCAGCUGGGGAAAAAAGUAUCUUAACCGACAACCCUACAUGGAUCAUUGACCCUAUUGAUGGAACAACUAACUUUGUACAUGGAUUUCCUUUUGUAGCUGUUUCAAUUGGCUUUGUGGUAAAUAAAAAGAUGGAGUUUGGAAUUGUGUACAGUUGCCUGGAGGAUAAGAUGUACACUGGCCGGAAAGGAAAAGGUGCCUUUUGUAAUGGUCAAAAACUACAGGUUUCACACCAAGAAGAUAUUACCAAAUCUCUCUUGGUGACAGAGUUGGGCUCUUCCAGAACACCAGAGACUGUGAGAAUUAUUCUUUCUAAUAUAGAAAGGCUUCUUUGCCUUCCCAUCCAUGGGAUCCGGGGUGUUGGAACAGCAGCUCUGAACAUGUGCCUGGUGGCCGCUGGGGCUGCGGACGCGUAUUAUGAAAUGGGGAUCCAUUGCUGGGAUGUUGCAGGCGCCGGCAUCAUUGUGACUGAAGCUGGCGGAGUGCUCCUGGAUGUCACAGGUGGACCAUUUGAUUUGAUGUCACGAAGAGUAAUUGCUUCAAGCAAUAAAACAUUAGCAGAAAGGAUAGCCAAAGAAAUUCAGAUAAUACCUCUUCAAAGAGAUGAUGAAGAUUAACUCCGACGGCUUCACACAUUCAAUCACAGUUGCGUCUCUCCAGGUUUUCUGAUGCAUUCAUGGUGUUACAAAAUUCAGGACUUCUGUUUCACUUGAAUAAUAUGAUUGGUGUAAAUUGCUUUCCGCGUCCAUAUUUAAAAACUACAACUUGUUCUGUGUUUUACUAAGAGUAGGUGUGCAGGAGUGGAUGAAACAGUCCAUUGUUUUCAAAAUGUCUGCGUGGUAAGAAUGUCCUCUGAGAAAGUACGCAGGCCGUUGGUGAGACAGGUUAUCACGUCAACUGAAAUAGCCAGUUAGCAAUUUAGAGUUUCUAAGUAUUUAUGAGCCUGUGAAAUUUUGACUUACUAUUUCUGUGGAUAUGCAUUCCUAAUGAGAUGGUUAACUUUUUGGAAAAAUUUUUUUUUUAGUUUCAAAAGCCAUAGUAAAUUAAAUUUGUAAGAAGUGUAUAAUGAAUACUACCAAGACCAAGAUUUCUUUCUCUGCAGAAAACCUUGCUUUAUUCAUCAGUGUAGCACCCAGCAUGGUACCUGUCAAAUAGGAGGCGAUCCAAAAAGCAGCAUCGGAAGAGUGAUAUUCUGAAGGCAGGAAUUCCUAGUUGCUACAGAAAGUAAUGAGCUGAUCGCUCUGUGAUUUUACUUCAGGUUUGGACGUAAGAACUAUCUGGUCAUCCUUUUUAUAUUUCACACUACCGUUCCUGCUCACAUUUCAUAUUACCAUGCCAUUCCAGCGACUGCACCGAACAGAGCUCGCCUCGCCACUGUCGGGCUGUGCUUUUAAGUGUUCAGUGGCCGCAGUUAGAGCAGAGGAGAGCCCAGCGAGCCAGAGGCGCCGUCCUCGCGCCCGCGUGGGGCCGCGUGUGUCGGUUUCCUCUUGCACAGAACACGCGGUCCGCAGGCCUAGUAGCGUCCAGUGGGGCCUGCUUAUUGUGGCGCGGUUCUGGGGUCAGGAGUUCCGGCACCUUAGCGAGCAUCCUGUCCCGAGGGGCUUCCGUGAGCUUGCAGUCGAGACGUUGAAUGGAGCUGGAGUAUCUCAGAGUCCGACGGGGCUGAAGCUCCUCCUCAGUCUCGCUUGUGUGGCUGGUGGCGGCAGCUCCUUGCUGUCUGGCGGCCGGAGGGUUGCCUUCCUCUCCAUCUUCGUAGCUGAGUGUCCUCAUCGCCUGGCGACGGCCUUCCCCCGGAAGUGAACCGAGAGCGGAGACAAGCAGGAAACGGCUGUGCCUCUUGUAACCUAGUCUGUGAAGUAUCACCAUCACUUCCAUUCUUUUCUGUUCAAUAGAUGUGACUCUUUAAGUCAGCCACACUCAAAGGCUGGGAAAUUCCCCGAAUAGAUAGCAUCAUUCUAGAAUUCUCUCUCUUGAGCUCCAGACUCAUGCUUCCAGAGGCCAAGUGAACUCUCUCUCAAUGUGUGGAAGAUGUCUCAUACUGAACGUGUCUCCAAAUAAACUCAAUCCAUGCUCCC